AUGCCUAUAGAUCUAUGGUGGACUCAACACCUGCACAAACCACAGCUCCAGGCGCAUAUAAGCGGCCAGCUCGUUGGCCACAAGUCAGUGUGGACUGGGCCAGCGUCAGCAGCUUCUACACGACUCCCUCCAGCACCAGAAGUGGAAUCUGCAGACACGACAGCGAUGGCACGGCUAGCUGGAGAAUCGGCCUUGGCGGCACUGCUGGUGCUGGCGGCCGCCAUGGCCCUUCCAGGCCAGGCAUAUCACCUGCUUUCGUCUGAUAGGAGCAACUCGAGCGGUAUUGAACCUCGCCAUCUGCAAAGGGCGCUCGCUUGCGGAGGCAUCACAGCCAGUCCGGGGAGCGAGACCGUCCUUGAGGCAGGACAGACAGUGUGCGUCGCCUCUCCGCGCUACCCCGACAACUACCCCAAGAACUGGGACAACAACUGGACCAUCAAGGGCGCCACGCCGAACGUGAGGCUGGAAAUCAGCUGCUCGCCCGUGGCCAUCGAGGGCAGUCCGUCUUGCACCAACGACCGCCUCGUCAUCAUGCACAAGUGCUUCUGGAGCAAGUACUGCGGGAGCAAGCGCCCUGAGACCAUCACGACGUGCGGCCCCUGGGCCAGGCUCACCUUCCGGACCAACGGCUCGGCGCAGCAAAAGGGCUUCUACUGCACCGUCACGGCCUCAGAAUGUACGUACAGCAGCCACGCCCUUCCCGGCAGCGCCCUGGGGCCGGCUGACAACUACUACAAGUUCAACAACCACUUCAGCCACGCCAACUACGGUCACAACCACCACCACCACACCAACUACCGCCACCACACCAACUACCACCACCACACCAACUACUACCACCACACCAACUACCACCACCACACCAACUACAGCUACAACCACUACGACCACACCAACUACUACAUCAACUACAACCACACCAGCAACUACAACCACCACCACCACACCAACUACCACCACCACACCAACGACAACUACAACCACUACGACCACACCAACAACUACAACCACACCAACAACGACAACCACACCAACAACUACGACCACACCAACAACUACAACCACAACCACCACCACACCAACUACUACAACCACCACACCAACAACUACGACCACACCAACAACGACAACCACAACAACUACCCCCACACCAACAACUACGACCACACCAACAACGACAACCACAACAACUACCACCACCACACAACCACAACUGCCGCAACGACCACCACAAGAGACCCCAAUACUUUACUUUGCAAGUGCGGCGUGCCCAACAGCGCCAACAGGAUCGUAGGCGGGGCAGACACCGAGGUCAACGAGUACCCGUGGCUCGUGGGGCUUUCCGACCUGGGCGGGACGGACAGGCCCUUCUGCGGCGGCUCCAUCCUUAACAACGAGUGGAUCAUCACCGCCGCCCACUGCGUUUCGGGAGUGUCGCCGAGCAGCUUCCAAGUUCUGUUCAACAUGCACGACUGGAACAACGGGCCGACUCGCAUCAUCAAGAGAUCUGUAGACAGAAUUGUCAUCCACCCAAGAUACAGCAGCAGCACGUACGACAGCGACAUCGCGCUCGUCCACAUCGCAGACAAGGUCAGCUUCACCAACUGGCCUGGCAUCAAGCCCGUGUGUAUGCCUCCUUCGGGCUCGGAUUAUGCCGGCAUGGAUGCCACGGUCACCGGCUGGGGCACCACGUCGUCAGGUGGCACGCAGCCAGAGGUCCUCCAGGAUGUGACUGUGCCCAUCAGGACGCAGUCUGAGUGCCAAGCAGCUUACGGCAGCCAGGUUACCAGCAACAUGAUCUGCGCAGGUUUGCCCGAGGGAGGGAAGGACUCCUGCCAGGGCGACAGCGGAGGCCCUCUGACGGUGCAGGAGGGAGAUGGACGCCACUACCUGGCCGGCGUGGUCAGCUGGGGCAUCGGGUGCGCGCUGCCAGGCAGAUACGGCGUCUACACCGACGUGCCAAACUACCACACGUGGAUCCACAACAUCGCCACCACCGGCAGAUUCUGCGGCCUCUAACAGGCGGUCUUCUGCGUUGGGAUGACGUCAGCGGCGGUUCUGCCGGCGGCCUCGUCUCUGCGUUUCGAUUCCUCGCCCAUGACGUCACGUUUGCGGGCAGUUAAGGCUUCAUAAAUCGAGAAGGAAGAGAUCCUGUGGAAACCAUUCCUUGUCUAGAAGAAAUAAAUCAGUAAAAUAA